AUGGAUGUUAAAAAGGCCAAGUAUGACGGGCCCCAAGAGAAGUUUAACACCUACGUGACCCUGAAGGUGCAAAAUGUCAAGAGCACGACCAUCGCGGUGCGGGGCAACCUGCCCUCCUGGGAGCAGGACUUCAUGUUUGAGAUCAACAGGCUUGACCUGGGCCUGACAGUGGAGGUGUGGAACAAGGGGCUCAUCUGGGACACCAUGGUGGGGACGGUGUGGAUCCCCCUGCGGACCAUCCGGCAGUCCAACGAGGAGGGCCCUGGGGAAUGGCUCACACUCGACUCCCAGGUCAUCAUGACCGACAACGAGAUUUCGGGCACCAAGGACCCGACUUUCCACCGCAUCCUCCUUGACACCCGCUUCGAGCUGCCACUGGAUAUCCCCGAGGAGGAGGCCAGGUACUGGGCCAAGAAGCUGGAGCAGCUCAAUGCAAUGCGGGACCAGGAUGAUUAUGCCUUCCAGGAGGAGCAGGAAAAGCCUCUGCCCGUGCAUGGCUCCCAGUGCUGCAACUGGAAUUAUUUUGGCUGGGGAGAACAGCAGAAUGAUGACCCUGACAGCACCGUGGAUGACCGGGACAGCGAUUACCGCAGCGAGACCAGCAACAGCAUCCCCCCCCCUUACUACACCACGUCCCAGCCCAACGCCUCCGUGCACCAGUACCCCAUGAGGCACCAGCAGCAGAGCUCCCGCGACUCCUACACAGACUCCAUGCAGAGCUACGAGAUGGACUACUCGGACCAGGCUCCCAUCAGACGCUAUGGUAGCGUAGACUCUGCCGCAAACGGACGCAGCGACGCUGAGUCCGGUUCUGAGUCGAGCAGGCGGACCAGCCGCCAGCCUUCCCUUGAGAGCAGGCGGUCCCUAGACCUAUCGGAUAGGUGGGUCUCUGCCUGUGCCGUGUGCCGUGUGCCGUCGCAGAGUGCUGUGCAACAGCAGCAGCAGCAGCAACCUCAGCUGGUCCCACAGCUGAAGCCACAGCAGCAAGAGAGAAAGGAGGAGAGGAAGGAGGAGAGGAAAGAGGAGAGGAAGGAGGAGAAGGACACCUCUGCCUCCCAGGAACCCCCUGAGGCCCUCGAGGCCCAGAGGGGAGCAGAGGAAGCUCCCGUGCAAGAGGCAGCCCCAGAGUCUGAGCCCCCAAAACCGGCUGAGAGGGAGCAGGCAGAAGAGGAGGUGCAGGACCCCAAAGCACGAGCCAAAGCCAACUGGCUGAGAGCCUUCAACAAGGUCUGCAUGCAGCUGCAGGAGGCCCGCGGGGAAGGUGAUGGAGAAUCCAAAUCCCUGUGGUUCAAAGGCGGGCCUGGUGGUGGGCUGAUCAUUAUAGACAGCAUGCCGGACAUUCGCAAGCGAAAACCCAUCCCCCUAGUUAGCGAUUUGGCCAUGUCCCUGGUCCAGUCCAGGAAAGCGGGAAUCACAUCUGCCCUGGCCUCGAGCACCUUGAACAAUGAGGAGCUGAAAAACCAUGUUUACAAGAAGACCCUGCAAGCCUUAGUGUACCCCAUCUCCUGCACGACGCCCCACAACUUCGAGGUGUGGACGGCCACCACCCCCACCUACUGCUACGAGUGCGAGGGGCUCCUGUGGGGCAUCGCCCGGCAGGGCAUGCGCUGCGCCGAGUGCGGCGUCAAGUGCCACGAGAAGUGCCAGGACCUGCUCAACGCCGACUGCCUGCAGAGAGCAGCAGAGAAGAGCUCCAAGCACGGAGCAGAGGACCGGACCCAGAACAUCAUCAUGGUGCUCAAGGACCGCAUGAAGAUCCGGGAGCGCAACAAGCCGGAGAUAUUUGAGCUGAUCCAGGAGGUGUUUGGGGUCAACAAGACCACACACACACAGCAGAUGAAGGCAGUGAAGCAGAGUGUCCUGGACGGCACCUCCAAAUGGUCGGCCAAGAUCAGCAUCACGGUGGUUUGUGCCCAGGGCCUGCAAGCAAAGGAUAAGACAGGUUCCAGUGACCCCUAUGUCACUGUCCAGGUUGGAAAGACAAAAAAAAGGACUAAAACUAUCUACGGCAAUCUCAACCCAGUCUGGGAGGAGAAUUUCCAUUUUGAGUGCCAUAACUCCUCUGACCGCAUCAAGGUCCGUGUGUGGGACGAAGACGACGACAUCAAAUCCCGCGUCAAGCAGCGCUUCAAGAGGGAAUCCGACGACUUCCUGGGCCAGACCAUCAUCGAGGUCCGGACCCUGAGCGGGGAGAUGGACGUCUGGUACAACCUCGACAAGCGGACAGAUAAGUCGGCGGUGUCGGGGGCCAUCCGGCUGCACAUCAGCGUGGAGAUCAAAGGCGAGGAGAAGGUGGCUCCCUACCACGUCCAGUACACCUGCCUGCACGAGAACCUGUUCCACUUUGUGACGGAUUUGCAAAACAACGGAGUGGUGAAGAUCCCCGACGCCAAGGGGGACGAUGCCUGGAAGGUGUACUUUGAUGAGACGGCACAGGAGAUCGUGGACGAGUUUGCCAUGCGCUACGGGGUGGAGUCCAUCUACCAGGCCAUGACCCAUUUUGCCUGCCUCUCCUCCAAGUACAUGUGCCCGGGGGUGCCAGCAGUGAUGAGCACCCUGCUCGCCAACAUCAACGCCUACUAUGCCCACACCACGGCCUCCACCAACGUCAACGCCUCCGACCGCUUUGCCGCCUCCAAUUUCGGGAAAGACCGAUUCGUCAAACUCCUGGACCAGCUGCACAACUCCCUGCGCAUCGACCUCUCCAUGUACCGGAACAACUUCCCUGCCAGCAGUCCCGAGCGGCUGCAGGAUCUCAAGUCCACGGUUGAUUUGCUGACCAGCAUCACCUUCUUUCGGAUGAAGGUCCAGGAGCUGCAGAGCCCCCCACGAGCCAGCCAGGUGGUGAAGGACUGUGUGAAGGCCUGUCUCAACUCCACCUACGAGUACAUCUUCAACAACUGCCACGAGCUCUACAGCCGCGAGUACCAGACGGACCCAACUAAGAAAGGCGAGGUGCCCCCUGAGGAGCAGGGCCCCAGCAUCAAAAACCUGGAUUUCUGGUCCAAGCUCAUCACCCUGAUCGUCUCCAUUAUUGAGGAGGACAAGAACUCCUACACACCCUGCCUGAACCAAUUCCCCCAGGAACUGAACGUGGGGAAGAUCAGCGCUGAGGUGAUGUGGAACCUCUUUGCUCAGGACAUGAAGUAUGCGAUGGAGGAGCACGAGAAGCACCGGCUGUGCAAGAGCGCAGACUACAUGAACCUGCACUUCAAGGUGAAGUGGCUGUACAACGAGUACGUCACCGAGCUGCCCUCCUUCAAGACCCGCGUGCCCGAGUACCCCGCCUGGUUCGAGCCCUUCGUUAUCCAGUGGCUGGAUGAGAACGAAGAGGUGUCACGGGAUUUCCUGCACGGAGCGCUGGAGCGGGACAAGAAGGACGGGUUCCAGCAGACAUCAGAGCACGCCCUCUUCUCCUGCUCCGUGGUGGAUGUCUUCUCCCAGCUCAACCAGAGCUUCGAGAUCAUCAAGAAGCUGGAGUGCCCCGACCCUCAAAUUGUUGGGCACUACAUGCGGAGGUUUGCCAAGACCAUCAGCAAUGUGCUGCUCCAGUACGCCGAGAUCAUCUCCAAGGAUUUUGCCUCGUACUGCUCCAAGGAGAAGGAGAAAGUGCCCUGCAUUCUGAUGAACAACAUUCAGCAGCUCCGUGUCCAGCUGGAGAAAAUGUUUGAAGCCAUGGGUGGAAAGGAGCUGGACACAGAAGCCAGUGAUAUCCUCAAGGAACUGCAGGUGAAGCUCAACAACGUCCUGGAUGAUCUGAGCCGAGUCUUUGCCACCAGUUUCCAGCCACACAUCGAGGAGUGUGUGAAGCAGAUGGGGGACAUCCUGGGCCAGGUGAAGGGCACCGGCAACGUCCCCGCCAGCACCUGCAGCAGCGUCGCGCAGGACGCCGACAACGUCCUGCAGCCCAUCAUGGACCUCCUGGACAGCAACCUGACGCUCUUCGCCAAGAUCUGCGAGAAGACGGUGCUGAAGCGGGUGCUGAAGGAGCUCUGGAAGCUGGUGAUGAACACCAUGGAGAAGACCAUCGUCCUACCCCCGCUCACGGACCAGACGAUGAUUGGCACGCUCUUGAGAAAACAUGGCAAGGGGACAGAGAAGAGCAGGGUGAAGCUGCCCAGUCACACUGAAGGCACCCAGAUGAUUUUCAACGCAGCCAAGGAGCUGGGGCAGCUCUCCAAGCUGAAGGACCACAUGGUGCGGGAGGAAGCCAAGAGCCUGACCCCGAAGCAGUGUGCCGUGGUGGAGCUGGCACUGGACACCAUCAAGCAAUACUUCCACGCCGGCGGGGUGGGGCUCAAGAAGACGUUCCUGGAGAAGAGCCCGGACCUGCAGUCUCUGCGCUAUGCCCUGUCCCUCUACACCCAGGCCACGGACCUGCUCAUCAAAACCUUCGUGCAGACCCAGUCCUCACAGGUUCAUGGUGGGAAAGGGAUUAGGUUUACCCUUAGUGAAGAGAUUUAUCCUGAGAAGGGCUCUGGUGUGGAGGACCCCGUUGGGGAGGUGUCGAUCCACGUGGAGCUCAUCACCCACCCUGGCACUGGCGAGCACAAAGUCACCGUCAAAGUGGUGGCUGCAAAUGACCUCAAGUGGCAGACGUCGGGCAUCUUCCGGCCCUUCAUCGAGGUCAACAUCAUCGGGCCCCACCUCAGCGACAAGAAGAGGAAAUUCGCCACCAAAUCCAAGAACAACAGUUGGGCCCCCAAGUACAACGAGAGCUUCCAGUUCACGCUGGGCACGGAGACAGGCCCGGAGUGCUACGAGCUGCAGGUGUGUGUGAAGGAUUACUGCUUCGCCCGCGAGGACCGCACGGUGGGCAUCGCCGUGCUGCAGCUGCGGGACAUCCUGCAGCGCCCCGGCUGUGCCUGCUGGCUGCCCCUGGGCCGCCGCAUCCACAUGGACGACACCGGGCUCACCGUGCUCCGCAUCCUGUCCCAGCGCAACAACGACGACGUGGCCAAGGAGUUCGUCAAGCUCAAGUCGGACACGCGCUCGGCCGAGGAGGGCAUUUGCAAACGGAAUACUGGUAUAUUUGGGAAGGACUGGUGGAGAACAGCCGGGCUCCCUCCCCAGCCCCACAGCCAGGUGAAGAGUUAA